GCUUCCCUGGUUUGCCUUUGCGUGGCCACCGUGAUGAUGCUAAAUAUCAUCCAGAGGUUGGUCAGUAUUCUACCAGGGGUGUUGGAAAUUUUGUGGAGACACUAAAUUUUAAAGUUCUUUCAGGGAAUGGUGUUUUAAGGGAUCACUUAACAUCUUGUGGGAAAAAUAGAAGUUACAUCUCUAAGACCAGCCAGAAUAAAAUGAUCAAGUGCUUUGGAGAGGUUAUUACUGAACAGAUUGUCAACGACAUUAAGGUUAAUAGGUUCUUUUCUAUUAUAGCUGAUGAGGCUGCAGAUUCUUCCCAUAGAGAGCAAAUGGCUCUAAUUUUACGUUUUAUUGAUAAGAAUAUGGACAUAAGAGAGGAGUUCAUUGCCUUUCUUCAAUGUAAGUGGGGAUUGAGUGGAGAGAACCUUGCUAAAUUAAUUCUAGAUAAACUUAAAGACCUUGGCUUGCCAAUUGAAGACUGUCACGGACAAGGUUAUGAUGGUGCGGGUGCUGUUGCAGGUUGUGUUAAAGGUUUGGCUGCCCAAAUUUUGAAGCUCAACUCGAAAGCAUUAUAUACCCACUGUUAUAGUCAUAGGCUUAAUUUGUCAGUUUGUGAUUCUUUGUCAGAUAUUGAGGUUAAGAAAGUACUUAACAAAAUAAAAGAUGUGACAAAUUUUAUCAAUAUUUCUCAAACACGCAAUAUACCGUUUGAGGAGACUGUACGCAAUAGUUUAGAAACGGACUCAAAAAAGACUAGAUUGCCAGAUGUUUGUAGAACCAGAUGGGUAGAACGAGUUAAAGGUUUAGACACUUUCGAAGAAUUGUUUGUUCAAAUUUUGACACACUGGAUAACAUGGCAAAGGUGCCAGUCCCUCUCGCUGCUGAUGCAUCCUCUUUGCUUGAAGAAAUGUUUUGAUCUAACGCUUCCUGUUACUCAGCUUUUGCAAGGAAAGAGUAUUGAUGUUAUGGACGGGAUUGAGUUGAUCUCUUCUUUGAAAAGCAGUGUUGCACAUGUGAGGAAUUCUAUUGAUUCAUAUCAUGAUCAAUGGUACGACAUUGCUUUGACGUUAGCGGCAAAGGUUGGGGUAGAAGAACGUAAACGUAGGACAAUUGGAAGGCAAACUACAAGGCCUAACGCUCCUUAUCGUUCUAUCUCGGAGUAUUACAAACGAAUCUAUACGAUUCCUUUAAUUGACCAUCUUCUCUCGUCUUUGGAUGCGCGAUUUGACACGGAAAGUGUAAAUGUUUAUCAAGGACUAAGUAUUGUUCCAACAAAAAUGUUUUCUCUUAUAAAAAAUGGGAUUGACUGGAGACAUAAAUUUAAGAUUGUUUCAAAAUUUUAUGUUGCUGAUUUACCCAAUCAGUUAGGUUUAGAUGCAGAGUUGUUAUUAUGGCAAUCCUUCUGGGAACAUCGUAAAGGUCCUUAUCCAUGUAAUGUAGCUACAACUUUAAAAGCUAUGAAUUUUGAUGGUUUUCAAAACAUAAAGGUCAUACUUCAAAUAUUAGGAGCCCUUCCCAUAACUUCAUGCGAAUGUGAACGUUCGAUUUCAGCGCUGCGAAUUCUUAAAGAUUAUAAGCGGAGUACUAUGGUUGAGGAACGGUUAAAUGGUCUUGCUCUAAUGAAAAUUCAUCAGGAAAUUCUUCCAGAUGUGCAACUCGUAAUUGAUAAAUUUUCUGUUGGCAACACUAGAUUUAAAUUUAAUUGA